AUGUAAAUUUAAAAUCCCUAUCUUUAUGUUUUGAAAACAAAUAAUUUAAGUAUCUUAAAUUCUAUAGAAACAUCACUUUCAUAAUCAAUUUUUCUAAAUAAAUAGUUUAAUUUAAGCCAUGAUUUGAAAUCUAAUCUUAAAAAUGAAGAAAUUGUUUAGUUAAUAGAGGCAGGAGGAGGAACUAUUAAAAAUGGAGAGAAUUCAAUUAAAAUUGUAAAUAAUGGUGAAGGUGGAGGAUUGGAAAUUGAACAAUUGAUAUAAAUGAUCUUGUUUUAAAAAGUAUGA